GGCGUUUCGUAAAUUUUAAAAUCAGAUGUUGUGUAAGGUGGAGAAUCUUUGCCAAACGAUUGCCUAUCUUUCUCGCCCACAGAAGUGUCAGACUAAAGACUUGCGCGUUUUCUACAUCUUGAAUUGAAACACGUUACCACACCCCUGACGAUGGGGGCUUCAGGUCCUCUGCUCCUCCUGUUGGUCGGAGUCUGGCAUCAGUCUCAGGCCCAGAGCUCUGAGCCCAUGCUCCAGGUGGUAACGGCGACUAUGCUCCCUCCGGACAGUCUGCACAACCCGACACAGCUCAACUACGGGAUGGCUGUAACAGACGUGGAUGGUGACGGCGAUCUGGAAGUGCUGGUGGCAGGGUACAAUGGGCCCAACCUGGUGCUGAAGUACAAUCACACUCUAAACAGGCUGGUAAACAUUGCUAUCGAUGACAGUAGCUCUCCAUACUUUGCCCUGAGGGACCGAGCAGGUAAUGCUAUUGGAGUAACUGCCUGCGACGUGGAUGGAGAUGGACGUGAGGAGAUCUACUUCCUCAACACAAACAACGCCUACUCUGGUCGGGCAACUUAUUCAGACAAGCUCUUCAAGUUUCGCAAUGGUCGCUUUGAGGAUCUUCUGAGUGACGAGCUCAAUGUGCGUCGUGGCGUCGCUAAUCGCAUGGCAGGACGUUCUGUGGCAUGUGUCGACAGAAAGGGAACAGGACGUUACUCAGUGUAUGUGGCCAAUUAUGCCAGUGGCAACAUCGGCCCCCAUGCUCUCUUAGAAAUGGACGAGGCUGCCAGUAACGUGAGAGAGGGCGUGAUCGCUCUGUCGGACGUGGCUGCCGAGGCCGGUGUCAACAAGUUGACAGGCGGGCGCGGUGUGGUGGUUGGACCGAUUCUGAGCCAGGCCAGGUCUGACAUUUUCUGUGACAAUGAGAACGGACCCAACUUCUUGUUCAAAAAUAAAGGAAACGGGACUUUUGCUGACAUGGCCAGUCAGGCAGGUGUGCAGGACUCUCACCAGCAUGGAAGAGGUGUUGCACUAGCUGACUUCAAUGGUGAUGGAAAGACGGACAUCGUCUAUGGAAACUGGAACGGCCCACACAGACUCUACCUGCAGGACAGAGACUCUAAUUUUCGGAACAUAGCUACUGGAGGAUUUGCUGCCUCCUCCCCUAUUCGCACGGUCAUCGCUGCUGACUUUGAUAAUGACAGGGAGCUGGAGGUGUUUUUCAACAAUAUUGCCUACAGAGGAAACGCACCUAACCGGCUGUUCAGGGUGUCAAGGAAAGCUGGUGCCGACCCAUUGAUCCGGGAGCUUAAUGUGGGAGAUGCCGCGGAGCCACAGGGGAGAGGAACAGGUGGCACGGUGACAGACUUGGAUGGGGAUGGACAGCUGGACCUGCUGCUGGCACAUGGAGAGAGCGCCCGGCAGCCAAUCUCUGUCUUCAAGGUCACACAGGGCUCGUCCAAUAACUGGCUGAGGGUCAUCCCUCGCACCCAGUUUGGCUCCUUUGCCCGGGGUGCCAAGGUUACAGCCUUCACCAAUCGGAGUGGAGCUCACAUGCGCAUCAUUGACGGAGGCUCCGGAUAUCUGUGUGAGAUGGAGCCUGUCGCCCACUUUGGUUUAGGAAAUGAUGAGGUGAAGGUGCUGGAGGUCUCCUGGCCAGACGGCAGCACCAUCUCUCGAACCCUUCAGCCUGGUGAAAUGAACUCGGUGUUGGAAGUGGCCUAUCCCAAAGAAGGGGAAAUGACUGUGCUCGCCAACGAUGCGCAGUGUGGUCAAGGCUUUACUGUCGAGAAUGGCCGCUGUGCAGCCUGGGCUCCAUUUUACAACGGCGUCCGCUCCACCUCUGUCUCCACUUUUGAAGCCUCCGGUGUUAAGACAGUUUUACUACAGUGUGUUUUGGCGCUGUUUGCACUGGCAGAUCUCCGGUGUCGGUAGUCUUCCGAGUCACGAAGACACUGUAAGAAAUCCUUAAUCCAGCACGGCAUGCCUGAACAAAACAUCAGCUAAAAAGACUUCCUGUGACAUGCAGUCGCUGUGUCCACUUAGUUUCUCCAUUUGGUCAUAUUGUAAUAUCUGGAUGUCUUGCAGUCAGUCUGGACAUUUCCUGUUUGUUCUGGUGACCUGGGUGCACACCACAGUCCCCAGACUGAAGAACAGGGAUCAGCCUCAUACCCUAUACCCAGCUGAAGUUUCGCAUGCAUACAAACAAAGCAUGUCACAACAUAAGUGAGAUUCUAUGAUGUUUUCGUGCAUGCAGUUGUCAUCAACUGUCUUCCAGCUGGUCUUUGUUACAAAAUAAAAUCAGCGAUGUCUGUUUUAAGUUCAUUAUUGGUUAAAACAACUUUAGCAGCCCCACUUUUGGAGACCUGCCACUGUACAUGUUCUCCAACUGUGAUGACUUUUUGGCACACAAACCCUUUUCUGGUCAGAGUCUGUCAUUGGCAAUUUUACAGUGUAAUAAUAAAGGAAGGUC